CACUUCAGCUCGGCUCGGCUCGGAUCCGUUCAGCCGUUGGUCCCCGGGAGUUCUGCUGACACCGAGCCGGUACCGGAGGCAGCCGGACCCGGGGCAGGCCGAACCGGGGCAGCGUUAGCCCGAACUAGCAGCAGCAGCGGCGGCAGCAGGGCGGGGGGGGAGAGCCGCCGUUACCCGCCGUGACGUGAGUCCGUCCGGCCCCUGGUCCGCCGCCGCCACGCCGAGUCCGAAGCUCCGGAUCGGGGUUCCGCACACCGACCGAGCGACCGAGCGACCCGAGGCCGAGCGAAGAUGGAGAGGAAGCGGACGGACUGUCCCGCUCUGCCGCCCGGCUGGAAGAAGGAGGAAGUGAUCAGGAAGUCCGGGCUGAGCGCCGGGAAGAGCGACGUCUACUACUACAGUCCGUCGGGGAAGAAGUUCCGGAGUAAACCCCAGCUGUCCCGUUACCUCGGCAACACGGUGGACUUGGCAUGCUUCGACUUCCGCACCGGGAAGAUGAUGCCGGGGAAGCUGCAGAAGAACAAGCAGAGGUUCAGACACGAUCCUCUGAGCCUCAAGGGAGGCAAACCGGACCUGAACACGGCGCUGCCCAUCAGACAGACGGCCUCCAUCUUCAAACAGCCUGUUACCAAGGUGACCAGUCACCCCGGCAACAAGGUGAAGACGGACCUGCAGAGAGCGACCGAGCAGCCCAGACAGCUGUUCUGGGAGAAGAGGUUGAAAGGUCUCCGGUCCUCAGACGUGACAGAACAGGUUCUCCGUUCCAUGGACCUUCCUAAAGGCCUCCAGAGCGUGGGUCCGGACUCCAGCGACGACACCCUGCUGUCGGCCAUCGCCAGCGCUCUGCACAUGAGUUCGACUCCGAUCACCGGACAAACUUCUGUAGCUGCUGAGAAAAACCCGGCGAUCUGGUUGAACCCGUCCCAGCCGCUCUGCAAGGCCUUUACCGUUACCGACGAGCACAUCAGGGAGCAGGAGAUGAAGGUGUACCAGGCCAGGAGGAGUCUGGAGGAGGCGCUGACGGCUGACGGUUUGGCGCGGGCCGCCGAAAACAGCCGAGAGCUGCUGCGAGGGAGGACGGCCUGAAGACAGACGGACUCCUCCGUCGACCAGCCUCAGGGUUAUCAGCAUCUCCAUCUUAAGCCCGACAACGAACCAAAAACAGACUGACUCCACGCCGGCACUGAUCCUGUGGAGGAAACCUUCCUCAGCGACGUCACUCUGGACACCUGGCAACAUCUGGACUCUAAGGUGGAUCUCCACGGCAACGAUGGGAACACCAGCAACGACUAGGAAACAACAACAAACAGCUCCAGCAGCAAUACAUUGACUUUCUACCAGCUCAGAUCAGCCGCAGCCUUUAAUCCUCUCUGUGAUUCAUUCUCUCUGUGUCGCUUUUCAAUCCAGAUGUCUUUUCUUUUUAAUAUAAAGUUGAUAAAAUAUAAAUCUAUAUUCUGAAGAGCAGCACCUUCUUACACCCAAAGCCAGGUUGCAGACUGCUGGACGGCCUUCGCUAACUCUACUAACUUUGGUCUUUUUAAAGAUUUUGCUUGUUUGUGGUGUUGGACGUCAUCAGAAACAAAAAGUCUUCAGGGGUUUUAAUGAAAUAAUGACAAUUUACAUGAAUAUGAAAUAGAACAACUGCUUAUUUAAAAACAAAUUUUAUACCUUCAGAGAACAUACGUGUACAUUUCUUGGACUGGAGUAAAUAAAUGAUUAUAUUCACA